CAUUUGUAAAAGGAAAUAGAAAGUGUUGGUCACACGGAGCUGAAAUUGGCCAUUAUUUCUGUAAAUCCAGAUAGCCUUAUGAAGCAGUGAAACAAUGAGAGAUGGGAAUUCCAAGAAAAGCAAGCUUUCAUGGCCCAAGACACUGGUCAAGAAGUGGUUCAAUAUUAAGAGCAAAGCCGAGGACUUUGACGCAGACGACGCCGUUUAUAGAGGUGGUGAUGAAGAGUGGAGGAACACCUAUUCAGAGAGGGAGGCAUGCACAAUCAAGAAAAGCAAAACAGAAAGAUUAAGUAAGAGGCACUCUGAUAGAGUCCGAAGGGGUAAGAUUGACAUGGACGCAUCACAAGUUACAGAUGUACACAAUUAUAGGAUCUUUGUAGCUACAUGGAAUGUGGCUGGAAAAUCUCCCCCAAGUGGUCUGAAUCUUGAAGAUUGGCUCCACACCUCUCCUCCUGCUGAUAUUUAUGUUCUUGGGUUUCAAGAAAUAGUUCCUUUGAAUGCUGGCAAUGUUUUGGGCACAGAAGAUAACGGUCCAGCUAAAAAGUGGCUAGCUCUUAUAAGGAAGACUCUAAAUAAUCUUCCUGGAACAAGUGGUGGUUGCCAUACACCUUCACCAAUUCCUGAUCCAAUUGUAGAAUUAGAUGCAGACUUUGAAGGAUCAACAAAGCAGAAGGCUUCCUCUUUCUUUCACCGCAGGUCCUUUCAGUCCUUGAGCCGCAGCAUGAGAAUGGACAAUGACAUGUCAAUGCCGCAAGCCCGACUUGAUCGACGAUUCAGUGUUUGUGAUCGGGUUAUGUUUGGGCACAGACCAAGUGAUUAUGACCCCAAUUACAGAUGGGGUUCCUCUGACGAUGAGAAUGGACCUGGUGAUUCACCUGUUGUCACACAGUAUUCACCAAUGUCCAACAGUGGGUCUUUCUCAUUGGAGGAUAGAGAUAGACAGCCAGGGAACUCAAGAUACUGCUUGGUUGCCAGCAAACAAAUGGUUGGUAUAUUUUUGACAGUAUGGGUAAAAAGUGAUCUUAGAGAUGAUGUCCGCAAUAUGAAAGUGUCUUGUGUUGGAAGAGGAUUAAUGGGAUAUCUUGGAAAUAAGGGUUCAAUUUCCAUUAGCAUGUCUUUGCACCAAACAAGGUUUUGCUUCAUCUGUAGUCAUCUGACCUCUGGCCAGAAGGAAGGAGAUGAACUUCGAAGAAAUUCUGAUGUCAUGGAGAUACUGAGGAAGACAAGGUUUCCCAGGGUUCAUGGCAUGGGAGAUGAAAACUCUCCUCAGACAAUACUAGAGCAUGAUCGAAUCAUUUGGCUUGGGGAUUUAAAUUAUCGCAUUGCCCUUUCUUACCGCUCUGCAAAAGCUCUUGUUGAGAUGCGCAACUGGAGGGCAUUGUUAGAGAAUGACCAGCUGAGGAUAGAGCAAAGACGAGGACGUGUCUUUGAGGGAUGGAGUGAAGGAAAGAUAUAUUUCCCUCCGACAUACAAAUAUUUAAAUAAUUCAGAUAGGUAUGCAGGUGAUGAUAGGCACGCCAAGGAGAAGCGAAGAACUCCAGCAUGGUGUGAUCGUAUAUUAUGGCACGGAAGAGGCAUUUAUCAAUUGUCUUAUGUUCGUGGGGAGUCAAGGUUCUCAGAUCAUAGGCCAGUUUACAGCGUAUUUCUGGCCGAGGUUGAGUCUAUUAACCGUAACCGAAUCAAGAAAAGCAUGAGUUGUUCCAGUUCCAGAAUUGAGGUAGAGGAGCUGUUACCACACUCACAUGGAUACAGAAACACUGACCUCAAUUUCUAUUGAAGGCUGGCCUUCCCUUUCUGUCCAGUAUGCUCAGCUCAGGACAACUGAAGCAGAAUUUAAUGCACUGUUACAUUACUUCAGGAAUUCCUACAGAUUCAAAAAUGCUAUUAGUGAAGUACAAAUUUUUCCUGGAAUUCCAGCUCCAUUUGACCUCCUGGAUCAGUUAGUGAAUCUUUGGUCCCCAAUUUGCAAGUAGGCACAGCGGCAAAGAAAAUUCUGCCAUGAUGGUGAUAAAGACAGUCUGUUGCCCACAAUCCAAAAGAAGGUUUCAAUUCUUUUCAUCCCAAUUGGCAAACUUGGAACUUUCUGACACAAUGGUUUUUAGUAGUGAUCUUGGUAAUGAGGAUGAGCUGAGCUGAUCCAUUUAGAGGCGCCAAGUUGGUUUGACAUCAAAUUUGUUGACAAUUCUUUUUGAAUAAAAAAUUAGAUAAAAUCAGUGAAGUGUCCAGUGGACUAUAAAUAUUAAAAAAAGAAGAAGAAAAAAGUAGAGGAGCAAAUCAACAGUGUUGCUUAGUGUUUUUUAUUAUUCAUUUCUGUUUUUGUCGUACUGGAUAGAGAGAAAAGAAGUGAGAUGUGAUUGAUACUCAUUGCUGGUGAAAGAAAAAAAGGGAAGUUGGAACA